UACAAACACACACAGAGCGAGAGAGAGAGAGAGAGAGAGAAAGAGAAAGAGAGAGAGAGAGAGAGGAGGAAAAAGCAAGAAAAACAAGGAGUCAGGCGAAGGAACAAGGAGAUAAAAAAGUCGAUAAAAAGCAGAUUGAGAGGAGGCUCCGGACAAGCGACUGCUGCGCAUCAAAGGAGGGACCUUACUGGGGACCUUAUUGGAGACCAGCGCCAACAAAACCCGACUCCGGAGGCGAAAUAUAACGGUGACGCUCCAGAGCUCCUCUGCCCUCCUGAGGAUUCAGUGAGACAGGCGGAUCUGUGCGCAGACCAUGGCCUUCCCAUCAGCCCCCUCCACAUUAUGGAUUGUCAGCUUAUUGACAGUGCUUUUGGCAGCUGCGGUUCACAGCAACACUAGCUAUGAUGAGGACCCGUUGCAGCCAAUGACCUCAGAUGAGACGGUGUCUGUGGGGGGCACGGUGACACUCACGUGCCGGGUGGCAGAGAGCGACAACUCCUCACUGCAGUGGUCCAACACUGCGCAGCAGACUCUGUACUUUGGAGAGAAGAGAGCACUCAGAGAUCACCGCAUUCAGCUGCACCGCUCGACAUCCACCGAGCUUUCCAUCACCAUCGCUGACGUGCAGCUGUCCGACGAGGGCGAGUACACCUGCUCCAUCUUCACCAUGCCAGUCCGCACCGCCAGAGCCACCGUCACCGUGUUAGGUGUGCCUGGUAAACCUCAGAUCUCGGGCUUUGAGAAGGCAGUGCCGGAGGGGGGCAAAGUCACCCUGACCUGCACCAGCACCGGCAGCAAACCCCCCGCCAGGCUGAUCUGGUACCUCGGAGACAAGGAGCUGGAAGGGCGUCCAGACGUGGUGGAACCCAUUCCAGACGAUCCCACAUACAACGUGAGCAGCGAACUCACCCUGGAGGUGACCCGCAGCGACGACAAUGCCCUCGUCACCUGCGCUGUCGACCAUCCCUCUCUCGCCCCGGGGGACAAGAGGAGCCAGCAGCCUCUGCGGGUGUUGUAUUCCCCUAAUGUGGAGAUCCAUCCUGAGAGCGAUUUGCCCAGAGAGGGGGAGAAGUUUUAUCUCCAGUGUUUGGGCAACGGCAACCCAGAGCCCUCCAUCUACAUAUGGGAGAAGAAGGAUGGAGAGCUCCCCCCACAGGCCAAAGUCGACGGUGCUUACCUGCGCUUCGAGAUGCUCAACAAAUCAGAUAAUGGCGUUUACCUCUGCCAUGCUGACAACGGCAUCGGAAACAGCCAGGGGGAGUACACACUCCUGGUGCAAGAAGAUGCUGCAGACAACAUUGCAGACCCCACAGCCAUGUUGACCUCUUCAGGGGUGGACCACGCUGUGAUCGGAGGGGUGGUGGCUGUUAUCGUCUUCAUCCUGCUCUGCCUGCUCAUCGUCCUCGGCAGAUACCUCAUCAGACACAAAGGAACGUAUCUGACCCACGAAGCCAAGGGCUCGGACGACGCCCCCGACGCUGACACGGCCAUCAUCAACGCAGAGGGAGGCCACUCUGGAGCAGAGGACAAGAAGGAGUACUUCAUCUAGAUAGAGGAUGGUGGGGUGGAGGAAAGGAGCGAGAGGGGGAGGAGGGGGGAAAGUUGGAGGACGUGGAUUAGAGGAGAGGGGAGGAGUGAAGGAAAAAAAAACUCCAUUUUGUUUUCACGACGCUUCAGUUCUUCACUCGGUUGGAGGGAUGAUGGGAGGGGAAGGGAGGGAAAGAACUGUGGGCAGGAUAAAGUGAUGGGCUGAGCUUCGACUGGUACUACCCUCUUUGCUUUGAAACAGGGAAGUGAGAUUUUUCACUGACAUAUGGACGAACUGAAGUUACACACUCACACACACACACACACACACUCACACACAAACAUACAUACGAGUCAGUUUUGGGAAAAAUUCUUCUCGCACAGACUCGAACACAGGCCUCCUACUAACACAUCUGAAUUAUGACACGUUAACAUAUUUUUACACAGGCAUCCUAUCCUAUGUCUUAACUGUCAAUGCCUCGAGAAAGCAAAAUUGUAAGUCACAUUCCGGCAUCCCGAGCUGAUAUUUCACUUCUCACCACCAUGCCAACCUGUCUCCUCAACAUCUAAACCAACCAGCCCUGUUUUUUUUUUUCACAUUUUUGUCCUCAUUCUCUCCAGCUAACAAGGCAGUAUCUCUCUGUAAACAUCCUGGUGGCAGAGAAAUCCAUCUAAAUUAUUACUGACAGACAUAAUCUCCCUCUCUCACAGUUUAAUCUUUUUAUGCCAUCAAACCUCUUUCUGCGCCCUCACACACCCUGGUACGAGCUGACAAUUUUCCCUCAACGCAGCACCACACAACGUGCAACAUGCAAAAAUAGCAUUCCCGCCUUGCGCUAUAAAGCCAAGGGGCUCCAGUAUACAUAUAUAAAUAUAUAUAUAUAUAUAUAUAUAGAAUUAUAUAGCAUUCUUUUUACUUGACAGAAAAUGUUUGGUGUGAUGUAAAUACACUCUCUCUGUCCUCUCUCUGUCCUCUGUCCCUCCCUCUUCUGUCUAUCUUCCCCCUCUCUCUCCACAUCUCCCUCUCUCCUGUAUCUCAUACAGUCUGUUACUGCAUUACAGUAACUUAUAUACUCUAAAAAAAGAAAAAAAAAAAGCCUGCCUGUUUUUAUUACAUGCGUUGAAAUGCUGAGUCGAAAAUAUCAGUAUCUGGGGGAAAAAAAAUAAUAGUGAUGAUGAUGUUGCGAUGAAAACUAACCUUAUCUGCAAAUAUUUGUAUGAGGAACGUUUUCCUUCUUCUUUUUUUUUUUUCUUCUUUUGUUCCUAUUUGGUUUUUGGGACUUUUGAGAGGUUUUCUCUCAUCAGUGUCUCAGUGUGUUACCGUCAGUGUUAACAGUUUACAGUGUCUGUCCGUUUGUCAGUCCAGGAGUCCAUAAAUCUGAUUUUCAACAUGUGGUCUGAUUUUUAGGUUUAGGGUUUUGAUGCCAUUUGUUUAUUUACUUCUCUCUCUCUCUGUGCCCCACAUCCACUGCCGCCAUUUUGUCCCCGCUUAGCUGGGCCCCUACUCCCAAACAUUAAACUGUAGCAAAACCUCGGUCGAACACACUUUCGAAAGGUGUUAAAAUAUUUGGUGGUAUCACAUGAGUAUCGCUUGCGCUCAUGGAUCGCUGUAGUCUUCCUUCCACUCGGCCCUGCUGCACGCACCGCUCGCCUCCACCUUUCUUUUUUCUCCCUGCAGCAGACUGCUUGUCUUGGCGUGGCCACCUGGCGCUAAAUUCAUUGAGUAGUGACAUCAUGACUUCCUCUAAGAAGUUGGCACGGUCGCUGCUUCAGGGAGGCGAAAAUGCUUGCUUGCUUUCCACUACGGGGCCAAACAGGACUGCCUACAUGCAUUAUGACAAACAUCCUGGCACAAAAACGCUCUGUUAUUGUUUCUUUGUCUGUGUGUGUGUGUGUGUGUUACUGCAAGCAGGAAUCAUUCGCCAGCUUAGCAAAAGGUUCCCAUAAAUGAACAGUGUUUUAUUAAGGUUGCGAGUUCGCCUUGGCACUGGCAAGCUUCACUUGGCCCGGUCGUGGAAAUUGAUUGCAAUCUAACUAAGAGGCUCUGGGCUCCAGACUGUUCACACGCCAAGGUUUGGCUCGGUGGGCAGGGUGCCGAGCUGGAGUCUGGGUUGCACUAUCGCUGAAGAAAGUCACUUAGGAACUUAAAUGUCCCCUUCUCUUUUUUUUUCCCCCCCACCUCUCCGCUCGUCCAUUUCUUUUCAUUCUUUAAUUAAUCAUCCCGUCUACGUCCUUAUCCACCUUCACCUGUUCUCUCCUCUCCUCAUCACUCCUUCCACCUCACCACCCCCCUCCAUCUCUGCUCGAUGUCCGAAUCUCCUUGCUGGUCUCUCUCUCAUUCAGGAGUCCAUGUAGACGUACAGUAGAAGUAGCGUCUGUAGGUUUGACAGCGUUCGCUGAUGGCUCUUCACAACACUUUCUGGGAGUGUUUUGGAGAGGAAUCCAUUUGCUUUUGUCUGUCUGUCCACAGACAGUUAUGUCUGUGAUAGUUUUUGUAUACCUUUUUUGGGAAUGUUCAGGGAUUGUGCUUUUCGUACCUUUCCCCACAUUGUCGUUAUAAUUGCUACCUAGCUGGCUGCUUUUAAAACAAGUAGCCCAGCUAGUGUGUCUAUAAGCUAGCUAUACCACAAAGGGUAAUGUGACCUGAAGCAGGGUCAGCUGUUGUGUUUGUUUUUUUGUUUUUUCUUCCUAGAGCUCUCGGGUGAAAUUUAGGGUGGCUAAGUUGACACUGUAGUAAACGUGGCUUAAGCAGUGUUUGAAUUCUGUUGGACAUGGUUUAGAUGUGCAGCAAACAAACCGAAACUCUGUUUAGCCCAUGUUUUCUCUGCAACACUCCUCAGCUUUUCACGGUAAUCAUGUCUGCAGACCAGGGGAUGGGCUUUAUCUCGCAGAGCUCGCUGUCCGCUUUGAGGAGAUACCUUGGAUUUGUAUUUAGCCCUAGUCUAAUUCUGCCCUGUGAAUGGAGAAAGGAAUACCUGCCUCAUACUCAAAAGGUGUAGUGUCUUUUAAAAACUAAUGGACCUGUAUUUGCCUGUAAUUUAUCGUCCUGUCCUUUGUCUUAGUUAAUGUGCUAGCAUGUAGCUUGCAUGAGAAACGGUUGGAAAUGUAGAUAGCGUAGGAGAUGAGAAGUGCUGACAAGCUUCUCUCUUGAGAUAAGAGCGGCGGUCUGCCCAACUGACCCCCCCUGCUGUUCUCUGAUCUGCAAACAUAGACCAUCUCCCAGUUAAACCCAUCAGAACCUCCUCGAUGCUGCAGUGCUCAGGAUAGAACUGAGGCAACUAAUGAAGCAGGAAUUAUUUUGCCCCCCCCCCCACUGCUACUUUAAAACUACCCAAAGGUAGGAUGGCGUUGAAUUGGUCAGCGCAAUCAGUCGAAUUCAUAUUUCAUUGCAUCAGUGCAGUAAUGACAAGCUGUCACCAGAUGCCAGCAAACAGCAGCUUUUCUUGUCCCUCUUCAGUCAGACCGAGCUGUCCUGCGCCGCCACUUGACUCUCACCACUUCAGGCAGUCGCACACUAGCUGCCACUCAUCUCUUUUCUUUUUAUAGUAUAAACAAAUUGAUUUUUAAAUUAUGUUUUGUAAAAGGUGUGCAUAAUCUUAAACUUAUUACUUUCAAUUCAAUUGAUAAUCAUUUUCUUUUUUCUUUUUUUUUAGUUUUUCCAAAACUUGAAGGUUAGAAAUGUAGUAUUUCCGUAUUUUAUUGUUUCAACAACCAUUUUUAUAUAAUUUCAUGUAUAUAGUGUUGCCUUUAAUGGAUACUCUUACAAGCGCACCCAUGCACACACACUUUGGUACAUGCACAUCUACACACAUAUCUGGAUAUGCACGGCAGGCAUGAUGUCUGUGACUAUGGUGUAUUUGUACAUAUGUGUGUGUAUGUGUGUUUGUGUAUGAGUGUGAGGUGUGUAUAAAUUGACCCAAACAGACUCCGGAGACACUCCUACAUGUGUUGCAUUCACAAAAAUGUUAUUAUUUCGAUGACUAAAACAAUGUCUUUGUUUUUAGCGUUAUCAUUUUGGAUGACAAGUCUUCCUUUUGAAUAAAUGUCCAUAUCACAUGAGAGUAGUGCUGUCAUGUAUGUUAAUUUGUACUACCGCUGAAGAUGUCAUCAAGGCCAGAGCCAACCGCAUGCUGUGGUGGGUUUGCCUCUGUUGGCUGUUAUAUUCAUAAAGAAUUUGAUUUAUUUGGGUUUUUUGUUACAAUACCAGUUCAGUUGUUGACUUAAAUAAACAUGCAUUUGGGUUA